CUUCAAGUCACUGCAGUAGGCGGGGAGCUUAAAGAGAAAACGAAAGUGUCCUGUGGCGCCACAAAACGGGAGUGAUGAAGCUAAAAUGAUCGAGAUUUGAAAAGGCGGGAGAAACAAGACUUGACAGCGGACACGUCACCUUUACAGGCAUCCAAAAAUGUUCAGGAUUUGACAGCCUGUCCUUUUCACUCAAAAUGGCCGUAGUGAGGCUGUUAGUGCUGUCUCUUCUCCAUGCGUAUGUGCUUGGACUUCAGCCCACCAUCAUUUCACAGCAGGCAUCAAACCCUCCUCAUGGAGAACAAUCUCCUUUAGAGACGGGCAAUCUGUCCUUCCCCUGGAGCCGCCUUCGCCUGCCAAGGUACAUUAUUCCUCUUCACUACCACAUCUUGGUGCACCCAAACCUCACCAGUCUCCGUUUCACCGGCUCUGUCACCAUCCAAAUUGACGUCCAGAACAACACAAAUUGGGUUGUGCUACACAGCAAGGAUCUGCAGAUCUCCAAGGCGACCAUAUUGGAUCAGAACCUUGCUCAUCUGUCUGAGCAGGUGCUGCCGUGUCUGCACAACCCUGCCCAUGAGCAGAUAGGCAUUUUCUCUCCCCGGGUGCUCAACAGCGGGCAGAAAUACUUCCUGUAUAUCGAGUUUGGAGCAGAGUUGGUGGAAGGCUUCCAUGGUUUCUAUAGAAGCACCUACAGGACCAGUUCAGGAGAGAGGAGAACCUUAGCUUCCACUCACUUUGAGCCUACGAGCGCUCGGAUGGCGUUCCCUUGCUUUGAUGAGCCAAGCUUCAAAGCCAACUUCUCGGUGCGGAUCAGGAGGAGCCCUGAGUACAUUUCUUUGUCCAACAUGCCGAUAGUCAAGACAGUCGAAGUCGACAGUGGCCUGCUGGAGGACCAGUAUUCUGCAAGCGUCAAGAUGAGCACGUACCUUGUAGCGUUUGUCGUCUGCGAUUUUAAAUCUGUUACUGCAACAACAUCUUCUGGGGUGCAGGUGUCCAUCUAUGCUGAUCCGGAGAAAUGGUCCCAGACUCACUAUGCCUUGGAAGUUGCUGUGAAAAUGCUUGACUUCUAUGAGGAGUAUUUCAACAUAUUUUAUCCCCUACCCAAGCAGGAUCUGAUCGCCAUUCCAGACUUCCAGUCCGGCGCCAUGGAAAACUGGGGCUUGACCACCUACAGAGAGAUCAGCCUGCUUUAUGAUCCUCAUGUGUCGUCUGUUUCUGACAAACUGUGGGUUACCAUGGUGAUUGGGCAUGAGCUUGCCCACCAGUGGUUCGGUAACUUGGUGACCAUGAAGUGGUGGAAUGAUAUCUGGCUGAAUGAAGGGUUUGCCAGAUACAUGGAGUACAUUGCAGUUGAGGCUACUUACCCUGAACUCCAAGUGGAGGAAUAUCUACUGCACACAUGUUUUGCUGCAUUCGGUCAUGAUUCGCUGAACUCUUCUCGGCCCAUAUCCAGUCCAGCAGAGAGCCCUACUCACAUCAACGAGAUGUUUGACACUGUCUCCUAUGACAAAGGAGCAUGUAUCCUGCACAUGCUUCGCCACUUUCUAUCAGAAGAGGUGUUCCAAAGUGGGUUAGUGCGAUACCUCCGCAAAUACAGCUACAGAAAUGCACAGAAUCAAGACCUGUGGGACAGUCUGACCAACACAUGCUCAGAGGAGGAUUUUGUCUCAGGGAAGCACUGUUACAACCGAGAGCAAUCCCAUAAAAACUCAUACCUAUUUGCAGGAGAACACUUAGACUUGACCACCAUGAUGAACACUUGGACUCUACAGAAAGGUGUCCCUCUGGUGAUCGUGAAAAGGGUCGGGCCGCGUCUGUUUCUCAAACAGGUCCGGUUCCUGAGGACCGCGCUGCCUUCUGACCCGAACUGGUCGACAUUGCAACACGGUUAUUUGUGGCAUAUCCCUCUGACUUACAAGGUUGAUACUUCCAGCACCAUCCAUAAACACCUGAUGACAACACAUACAGACAGCGUCUACGUAGGAGAGGAGGUCAGCUGGGUGAAGGUGAACGCGGACAUGACGGGCUACUAUGUGGUUCAUUAUGAGGAUGGCGGAUGGGAGGCGCUCGCAAAGCUGCUGAGGGAAAACCACACUGCUCUGAGCUACAAAGACCGGACUCAUUUGAUCCACAAUGCAUUUCAACUGGUCACGGCAGGUUAUCUUCCACUUAAUAAGGCCUUGGAUAUAAUAGGUUAUCUACAAGUGGAGACACAUACAGUACCUCUUCUGCAAGGACUCGGCUACCUGGAAUUUUUUUAUCGUGUGAAUGAGAAACGGGGUGAUGUGGAACUGCUGCACAAGUUUAGGAUGCACAUUCUCCACUUUUUCCGCGGCGUCAUCGACCAGCAGACAUGGAGCGACGAGGGCUCCAUGUCGACGCGGCGUUUGAGGUCAGAGGUGCUGUCCUUGGCGUGCCAUCUGGACGACCCUCCAUGUGUGGAAGGGGCACGUCGGCGUUUCGAAGACUGGCUUCAGUCCAAUGGAUCUCUCAAACUCCCCACUGAUGUAACCGAUACAGUGUAUGCAAUUGGUGCUCAGGACGACCACGGGUGGGCCUCACUCUUGCACGUGUACGAGAUCUCGCAGUCGGCAGCACAGAAAAACAAGAUUCUGUUCGCUUUGACUUCCAGCAGAGACACAAGCAAGUUAUACAGACUGUUGGACUUGGGUCUGGAAGGUCAGGUGAUACGAACUCAGGACCUAUCCACGCUCAUCUUGUUGGUGGCCAGAAACCCAAAGGGACACCACAUCGCCUGGCACUUUGUCAAAAAAAACUGGAGCAAACUGGUUGAAAAACUGCAGUUAAGCUCGACCUCCAUCAGACACAUCCUUGUAGGCACCACAGGCCAGUUUACAUACCCUGAGGAAUACACUGAGGUUAAGCUGUUCUUUGAGUCCAUCAGAGAACAGGCAUCUCAGCUGAGAGCUCCUCAAAUCGCACUGGACAACAUGCAGAAAAAUAUUCUCUGGAUGCAGAGGAACCUGCAGACGUUAAAAAACUGGCUUAAUGAGAGGACAUAUGGCGGCUGAUUUUUAAAUAUUUUUUUAAAUGGUGUGUUGCGUGUAAAAAAAUUAAAAUAAAUCACGGAGGAUCCUUUUUUCACAUGGAAAAAAAAAAGUUCUGUUAAUUUUACCGACUUAUUUGUGAGUAAGUGAGAUAAAAUGAUAAUGUUGCAAAAACAAAAAGUUUAUACUAAUGGUGUAAUUGUGUCUGCUUGUACCUGUUAAACCAAGAGUUUAAAGGAGAACAUUAUCACAAUUUCAGAAGGGUUAAAACCAUUAAAAAUCAGUUCCCAGUGGCUUAUUUUAUUUUUCGAAGUUUUUUUCAAAAUUUUACCCAUCACGCAAUAUCCCUAAAAAAAGCUUCAAAGUGCCUGAUUUUAACCAUCGUUAUAUACACCCGUCCAUUUUCCUGUGACGUCACACAGUGAUGCCAAUACAAACAAACAGCAAGGUAUAGCGACAUUAGCUCGGAUUCAGACUCGGAUUUCAGCAGCUUAACACUGUCUGAUAAGAUAAUUACUAACAACUAUGAACUAGGUUUACAGCAUAUGAAAUACAUUUGGCAACAACAUGCACUUUGAGAGUGCAGACAGCCCAUUUCAGGCGCGCUAAGAACAUAUAUUUUUCCACGAUUUCAGCACUCAGGUUAACCAUACCUAAAUAGACACAAAAUACUGCAUUACACAAGACUACCCGAAUGUACUCAAAUGAUUGAAAAAAAUAAAUGUUUUUAAGCUAAAUUAUUGGUAAACACAGUUUAUGUAUAAUCAUUUACGUAAAACCGCGAGUAAUGAAUAAAGUUUUCAUCAAUUAAUAUAUUCUGUAGACAUACCCUCAUCCGCUCUCUUUUCCUGAAAGCUGAUCUGUCCAGUUUUGGAGUUGGUGUCAGCAGGCCAGGGAAGCUAGGGUCGAUAUUCUUCUCUUGAUCAUCUUCGGUGGCAUAAGGGACGGUGUGAGCCAAGACAUCCAGGGGGUUUAGCUCGCUCGUCUGCGGGAACAAACUGCCGCCAUUGCUUGCCGUGCUAGCGAGGCCCUUUGUCCCUGAAUAGCUCACACACUCCGGCAGAUUCAAUGGGGGUGUGGCGGCAGAUUUCUUUGACUUUAUCGUUGGAAAUGCAUCUGCUUUGAGUGUCGCAGGAUAUCCACACAUUCUUGCCAUCUCUGUCGUAGCAUAGCUUUCGACGGUAAAGUGUGCGGAACAAACGACUGACCAUUUCGUCGGCUUACCCCACACCCUCGUAUUUUGAACAAAUGUCGUCCAAUUUUUUGCCACUUUCGCAUCUUUGGGCCACUGGUGCAACUUGAAUCCGUCCCUGUUCGUGUUGUUACACCCUCCGACAACACACCGACGAAAGUGAGAAAAUGGCGGAUUGCUUCCCGAUGUGACGUCACGUUGUGACGUGAUCGCUCCGAGAGCGAAUAAUAAAAAGGCGUUUAAUUCGCCAAAAUUCACCCAUUUAGAGUUUGGAAAUCGGUUAAAAAAAUAUAUGGUCUUUUUUCUGCAACAUCAAGGUAUAUAUUGACGCUUACAUAGGUCUGGUGAUAAUGUUCCCCUUUAAUCGCCUCACAGUUGCAGGUUUGUUUGUUUUUUUUUACCAACAAUGUCAUCCUAAUAUUCAUGGAUUUAAUAUUGCACAAUCUAUUUCAAAAAGAGCUUUGACACUUGAAAUAAUUUAUUGCUGCUAAUCCGAGUUAAGAAGAACAGUACACGCAGUAUCAUUUUUCUGCCACAACUCAAAGCAAGACGGAUGAAUAGCAUAAUGAAAAUGAUUAUUUCAAAUGAUGUUGAGAUGCCGGAUCUGGACCCCCGGGUGUUGAGUUUGGCACCUGAGCCUUGGCUUAGAUUAGACAAUAAAAAGAUUCAUUGUA